AUGGUUAAAUAUGUAACAAUGCGACGUAUAACACAAAUACUGGCAUCCAUAUUAUCAGCCAUUACAGUUUUAACAAUUUAUUUAGCGUUCGAUUUUGCUAUAAACAAUGCUCUCAAUAAGAAAAAUGCACGCAACCAUCAACAUGAUCAUCAUCAUCACGAUGAUGAACAAGAGGGUCAUAAUCAUUUAGUGCGUGAAAACAAAUCUUUUAAAAAUAUUUUUCAAAAAAAAAAUGAUCUAACAUUACACCAAGGAAUAACUCGAUCUUUAUCCUUACCACAUCCAAUAGACGACGUGAAACAGUUGCAACGUUGGGAUAAAAAUAAAACGCAAGUAGCUUCUAUGAAUUUAAACGAUGGUCAACAAGUUCAUCAGCAACAACAAACGCGUCGUCGAUCCCGCAAUUCAAAACAAAAUCAGGGUAAAUCAAGAGUUAUCAAGGGUAAAACAGGUGUAAAAGUAAAUCAGCCAGUACAACCACAAAUGAAGAAACAUAAAACAAAUCGAACUCUUACAGUUAAGAAUAUUAUCAAUACGAAAUGA